AUGGCCAAAGGCCAGCUGGCCUCCUACGCGGCGAGGACUGUGUCCAUAGAGGGCGACCGCGGCCGCCUGGACCUGGACCGGCGCACCUGGGCCCUGCUGAUCGCUCCGGCCCGGGCCGCCGACAGCGGCGCAUACAGCUGCUCGUUCAACGACCAGCCCUCCGACCACAGGAUCGUCAAGCUGGAGGUGCAGGGCGUUCCCAGUCCGCCAGGCCGGCCGAUGGUCAUCAAGCACACGUCGCGGCACAUCGACCUCAGCUGGGCGCCCAGUCUGCAGACAAACAACAGCCCCAUCAAACACUACGUCAUACAAACCAGGUACGGCGAUACGGGCACGUGGCCUGCGGUCGAGGCGGGCCACCGCACUGCCGGCAGCCAGACCAACGCCACGGUCGCCGACCUCACACCGUUUACCGUCUACACCUUCCGCGUGGUGGCCGCCAACGACAUGGGCUACAGCCGGCCCAGCGACGCCUCGUAUCCAGUCAGCACACUCCGAGAGCGUCCCGGGGCGCCACCGAAGCUGACAUAUGCCCGGAACCGGUCGUCCACCUCUAUAGAGGUGGGCUGGCGGCCCCCGGCCGACCACACGCUGCACGGGGAGUUCACCGGCUACCACCUGACGUACCGGCGGGCCGAGCCAGGCCGCCGGUCGGGACCGGCCAGCAGCGUCCAGCUGCACGACGUGUCGGACCGGAGCUACUUCAUCGAGGACCUGGAGCCGUACACGAGGUACGAGAUCACUCUACAGGUGAAGAAUCCGCAGGACCUGGGACCGCCAGCCACCAUCACCGCCACCACGGGCGAGGGCGUGCCGUCGCGGCCCGUGAACGUCAGCUUCUCCAGCGUGCGGGACCGCAGCGUGGUGCUGCGCUGGGUGCCGCCGCGCCGGCCCAACGGCCUGGUGCGCGGCUACAACGCCUACUGGACGGCCGACAAAGGCCAGGUCAUGCGCCGAGCCGUGCCUGACGGCGAUCGCAGGACCUUCACCAUCACCAACCUCGAUCCGGACACAGAGUACAGCGUGUGGCUGAAGGCGGUGACGGGGGCCGGCGAGGGCGACCGCUCGUUCCCUGUGCGGGCACGGACUGACGUCAGCGGUCCGGGGGCGCCCGUCAUCACCAACAUCACGUGCCCGACGGACACGUCACUGGGACUGCAGUGGCGUAAACCGGAGAUCGUCUAUGGCCUGGUUGAUCUGUACUAUCUGCUCUAUCGCUCUGGAGACAGCCGAGACUUCAUCGAGCGGAUGGUCCCUGUUCAGAGCGACCGGCUGCAGUACACGAUCAAUCUGCCCAAUCUGACGGCCAACCAGGUGUACGAGAUCCGCAUCCAGGGAGCGACCGUGUCCCGCCUGGACCGCAACAAGGUCUACAACGGUCAGCAGUCUCUGCCCAGAAAGGUGCGCAUGGAGCGUGGCUGUGAGGAGAUUCAGCUGUACAGCACGUGGAAGCAUCGGCCGCACACUACGCUGGCCGGCUCAGAGGUGACUGGCAUCUUCGUCGGCUGCCUGCUCGUCCUCUUCCUCGUCAUCACCGCCGUCAUCUGGAGGCGGCGCCAGAAACGCUACCCGGCCGAAACGGCCGACAAGAUGGCGGCGUCGGUGGCCGGCUCGGUCCUGUCCGGCUGGGGCGCGCCUGCCCACGAGGCGGUGCCGUCCCACCUGUUCUCGCAGCAUGUGCGGCAGCAGCACGCCGACGCCGACGACGGCUUCCGGCGCGAGUGGGAGAUGCUGCAGAUGGCAGCGCCCCUGGCGGACGACGCACGGACUAGUGGCGCCGCGCAGAAGAACGGACAGACAGCGGCCAGCGAUGCCUCGACGGGGAGUUAUUACUCGACACGCGUGCCGAUCACGUCCCGCCUGUACCGCCACCGGCCGACUCCGGCCGCCUACUACGUGGACGGGUACCAGCGCGCGCGCGCCUUCAUCGUCACCGACCGGCCGAGCGCGGCCAGCCACGACGCCCUCUGGCGGCUGGUCUGGGAGCAGGGCGUCACCACGCUGGUGCUCAUCGGGACGCUCGAGCCGAAAGGCGGCCGGCUCUGGCCCGAGCGAGGGGCGCAACGACCUUUCGGCGACCUUCAGGUGGAACACCGCGAGGAGCUGCCGCUGGCCGCCUGCUGCGUCCGGAAGCUGGUCGUAUCAAAGCUAAAGAGUAAAUCAAGCAGGAGCAAGAAGGAAAGGGGAGUCAACUUCUUCCAGUACACAUACUGGCCAGAGUUCGGCCUUCCCGAGGACACACUGCCGCUACUGGACUUUGUGCAGCGGACGCUUCAGCAUGAGAGCGCGUCCAACGCUCCUGUUCUUUUCAUCUCUGCCACCUCGUACUGCGCCGCUGGAUUGUACGUGGGGCUGGUCUCCCUGCUCACCCAGCUCAAGUACCGGGCGGAGCUGGGGGUGUACUCCUACUGGCAGCACGUUAUCGGCCAGUGUCCGUACCUGCUCACCACGGUGGACGAGUACUCGUUCCUGCACGACUGUCUUUUGGAGCGCGUCACGGCCGGAGAGACGCUCGUGCCUCGAAACGAUGCCCACCACUACAUAGAGCAGCUGCAGGACGGCUGCCGGGGCAGCUUCCCGUAUCCGGCCGCCGAGAACCAGUACAAGCACGCCAUCGCCCUGGAGGCGCGCCAGUACAUGGUGGUGUCGGCGGCCAAGCCGUGCAACGAGGCCAAGAACCGCAGCCUCAGCUACAUCCCGAUGGAGACGUCGCGGGUGCGGCUGCGACCCGACUCGGGUCUGGAGGGCGCCGACUACAUCAACGCAUCCUGGCUGCCAGGCUACCGGCUGAUGCAAGAGUACAUUCUGACCCAGCACCCGCUGCCCAACACGGUGCUGGACUUCUGGCAGAUGGUGUGGGACCACAGGGUGACCACGGUCACCUGUCUGUCCCCCGAGGACUUCGGGGUCUUCUGGCCGCUGGAGGAAGAAGAACUUUACGGUCGGAGCUUUGUAAUUCGGUACAUGUCGGAGAGUGCUGACUGCAGCGCCACCUAUAAGUCCUCGUGGAUCAUCCGCUCCUUCCUCAUGGAGUCGACAGAGGGCAUGGAUGACGUGACCGUGCGCAUAGUUCACCUGCCACUGUGGCCGGAGGAGUGCUCCACCGACUCGGUGGUCGAGGGCGUGCUGGGCGUCACCGAGAUCCAGGGAGACCGGCGCACGCCGCUGCUGGUCAUCGACAGGUACGGCGGCACGGAGGGGGCCAGCUUCUGCCUGCUCAGCUCAGUACUCCGGCAGCUGCAGCACGAGGGGUGUUUCGAUAUAUUCACCUACGCCAAACUGUAUCACCAGAGGCGCCCAGGCAUCUGGAAAACCAUGCGGGAGUUCCUGUACCUGUACCACGCGGUGGAGGCAUGGCUGUCGGCGCGAGAGGGCGCCGGCCUGUACCGCAGCGACUCGUGCACCAGCAUCUGCCAGAACCGCCGCUCGCUGGAAGUCAGGCUGAGCGGUGUCAGCGGCGCGGUUGUGUGAGCUCCGCGGUGACGCACCGCCGCCGCCACCGCCGCUCCACCGCCGCCGCCAGUCACUGUGAUGCUCGUGCUCCAGUGAGGACGGCAGUCGGAGUGAGGCCGAGGGCAGGGGCACGGACGACUGGUACCAUCCCAUCUCGCCGGUGAUCAGCUCCACGCAGGCCCUUUGCGGACACGUUGGCGAUUUCCGGAUGCAAGCGGUGGCCCGGGAGUAUGAACUUCAAGCAAGCAGUGUCGUAUCCGUUGACUGAUGUGGAACAUCAUAUCAGUUGGAAUAUCAAUUAUUUGUGCUGUUUAACGCCGCAGCAACUCGAGCCCUGUGUGAAUUAAUGUGCCAUUGAUCUUCAUGUGCUGGACAUUCUCUUGCGGAUUUCUUGCGCUUAAUGGCCAUACCACACCGUUACGGAAACAGCUAGUACUGACUUAAACCACGUAUCGUUACGCUCUCGCCAUAUGAGUUCGAGCGGUGGGGUUUGAUUGAGCUGUGUGUCGGCCACUGGUUUUCACGGAUUACUACAUCUUGCAGAUGAAACUGUCUUGGUCUCUCGUGUUUGUAAUUUGUUACACCCUGUAAGACUAUGAUUUGUAUGAUGUACGUGUCAAUUGUUAUAAAUAAGAUGUACAUUUAUGGACUCCCUUGUUUCGUAAUGAGUGCAGGGGACAGACAUGCGUGAGCAUUCUCGCUUUGUUUCUUUGUAGCUUCGGUGAAUGAUGCCGGCCGGUUGUUACUUUUUCGUCAU